AUGGGUGUAUCAGGCUUAGGUUCUGGUUUAGCAAAUUGCAUUAAUCUCUCAAAUUUGACACUUGAGCUUGAGAAGAAUGAAAUAGAUGAUUAAGGUGCAUCAUGCUUAGGUUCGGGUUUAGGAAAUUGCAUUAAUCUCUCAAAUUUGAUACUUCAGCUUUUGUACAAUGAAAUUGGUGCAAUGGGUGCUUCAGGCUUAGGUUCUGGUUUAGGAAAUUGCAUUAAUCUCUCAAAUUUGUCACUUGAGCUUUAGAACAAUUAAAUUGGUGAGGAAGGUGCAUCAGACUUAGGUUCUGGCUUAGCAAAUUGCAUUAAUCUCUCAAAUUUGACACUUGAGCUUGAUUCCAAAAAAAUUGGUGCAAUUGGUACAUCAGGCUUAGGUUCUGCUUUAGCAAAUUGCAUAAAUCUCUCAAAUUUGAAACUUUACCUUUAUGGCAAUUAAAUUGGUGAUGAAGGUGCAUCAAGCUUAGGUUCUGGUUUAGCAAAGUGCGUUAAUCUCUCAAAUUUGAUAAUUCACGUUGAUUCUAAUUAAAUUGGUGAUGAAGGUGCAUCAGGCUUAGGUUUUGGUUUAGCAAAUUGCAUUAAUCUCUCAAAUUUGACACUUUACCUUUAUUCCAAUAAAAUUGGUAAUGGAGGUGCAUUAGGCUUAGGUUCUGGUCUAGCAAAUUGCAUUAAUCUCUUAAAUUUGGUACUUUAACUUUAUUCCAAUUAAAUUGGUGAUGAAGGUGCAUCAGACUUAGGUUCUGGUUUAGGAAAGUGUAUUAAUCUCUCAAAUUUGACACUUAACCUUAAUAGCAAUUAAAUUGGUGAUGAAGGUGCAUCAGGCUUAGGUUCUGGUUUAGGAAAUUGCAUUAAUCUCUCAAAUUUAGAACUUUACCUUUUUGGCAAUUAAAUUGGUGAUAAAGGUGCAUUAGGCUUAGGUUCUAGUUUAUCAAAGUGCAUUAAUCUUUCAAAUUUGACACUUAUCUUUGGUUAGAAUUAAAUUAGUGCUAUAAGUGCAUCAGGCUUAGGUUCUGAUUUAGCAAAUUGCAUUAAUCUCUCAAAUUUGACACUUUAACUUUAUUCCAAUUAAAUUGGUGAUGAAGGUGCAUCAGGCUUAGGUUUUGGUUUAAAAAAUUGCAUAAAUCUCUCAAAUUUGACACUUAACGUUGGUUCCAAUAAAAUUGGUGAUGGAGGUGCAUCAGGAUUAUGUUCUGGUUUAGCAAAUUGCAUUAAUCUCUCAAAUUUGAAUCUUUACCUUAAUCGCAAUUAAAUUGGUGAUAAAGGUGCAUCAAGCUUAGGUUCUGCUUUAGCAAAUUGCAUUAAUCUCUCAAAUUUGGAACUUAACGUUGAUGAAAAUUAAAUUGGUUCAAUGGGUGCAUCAGGCUUAGGUUCUGCUUUAGCAAAUUGCAUUAAUCUCUCAAAUUUGACACUCAAAGCUGCUUCCAAUAAAAUUGGUGAUGAAGGUGUAUCAGGCUUAGGUUCUGGCUUAGCAAAGUGCAUUAAGCUCUAAAAUUUGACACUUAGCCUUAGUCGCAAUUAAAUUGGUGAUGAAGGUGCAUCAGGAUUAGGUUAUGGUUUAGGAAAUUGCAUUAAUCUCUCAAAUUUGGAACUUUACCUUUAUUACAAUUAAAUUGGUGAUGAAGGUGCAUCAGGCUUAGGUUAUGGUUUAGCAAAGUGCAAUAAUCUCUCAACUUUAACACUUAACGUUGGUUCUAAUAAAAUUGGUGCAAUAGGGGCAUCAGGCUUAGGUUAAGGUCUAGCAAAUUGCAUUAAUCUCUCAAAUUUGAUACUUUUCCUUAGAAUAUAAAACAAAAAAGGUCUUUGA